AUGUUCGGAACGUCCUCGCAACAGAUCUCUAUUUCAGGCGCAGGGCGCUACAGGACGCUGCCAAACAGCCGAUGGGAUGAUGCAACAAACGCCGCCUGUCUCGGAACCCACCGCUUGACUCUCGCACCCAUCAUCAGGCAGCCCAUGUUGACUCACCCUACUGGCGAUAAAGCGGAGCUAAUCGCCGCUCUGGAAGGUCUAUUCGCGAAAUAUUUCAACGAGAAGGAUGAGUCUGCGAAGGAGAAGACGCUGGAAGACAAGUUCUGGGGGACUUACCUGAGGUCUAUGAAGGAGGAGGACGAUGCGCUCCCUAAGGAUUGGGAUGGUGAUACUGGAAGCAUCUUGACAUUCACCGGUCUCUUUGCUGCGACGGUAGCGGCUUUUCUCAUCGAGAGCUACAAGACACUUUCCCGCGAUUCCGGUGACCAAACCGUCGUACUUCUCACUCAACUACUUGCCGCAACGAGGAAUGCAUCCUCGAACCCUGUCAAUCCCACUCCGUCUGCGUUCAGCGCCUCUCCUUCAAAUGUCAUAGUCAAUGCGCUCUGGUUCUGUAGCUUGGCUAUCGCUCUUGCAUGCGCUCUCUUGGCGACUCUUGUACAACAGUGGUCUCGAGACUAUGUCCGAAGCAUCAACAGGCGAGACCUUGACGGGGACAUCGCCGGACGAGCGCUAAACCAUGUCUACAUACGGAUGGGCGUUGAGCGUUAUGGUCUUGGGGGAGUCGUCAACCUCAUCGUUGCUCUCGUACACCUCGCCGUCAUCAUAUUCGCGGCCGGCCUCUUAAUCUUUCUUUUCCCCAUCAACGACAUCGUAUCGUGGUGCACUCUCGUUGCACUUGCCGUAUUCGGCCUGGCCUACGUCGUUGCCAGUGUGAUGCCCAUAUUUGACGCGAGCUGCCCUUAUCGCACACCUUUAACAUAUCCUCUGGACUUGAUCUGGUUGCUUGGCCAGUUUACAUCCAAGGUCUCUGUGCGGUCAGCGAAAAGAUUAUACCUGAAGUGGAUUCGUCGAUGGAUUCGUAAGAUACUUCAUAAACUAGGGGCCAAAGCAGCGGGACCUCGCGACACAAUGUCGACGAUCACCCCCCACUAUUCUGCCCAGUUUCAGACAUGGAUACCCUGGGAUCACAUCCCAGGAACAAGGGUUUCUCAAUCGAUUGAUCAAGUACACUCGCUCGAAGCGCCUCUGAGGAGUCGUGCGCUGUCGAUCUCUUUUAUCGUUACGAGCAUUCAACGCAUUAGAUCAUCUUUCUCUGGCAUCAUCAUGCAAAUUUGGGAGAAAGGUGAGGAUCUGCGUGACCUCUGGCCCUCACGCAUGUCUGUCGCUCGAAGACGGAGAGAGUACCGGCGAUAUGAAGUGCUUUCGUCACUUGGGCGCUUCACAUUCCUUUGGAAACGCACCGGCCGUCAUAUGCUCUGGGGAGAGCCAGACAGUCUCGACGCGUUGCUUGCCUCGCUACUGCAUAUCUUGGGAUCGAUGAGGGAGGCUAGUGAUCGCCUAGCGUUGAUUGAAUAUCUGCAGGACUCUUCGCUCGUCGUACUUCGUCUGGAAAGUUUGAUUCUACGUGAUUUCCCCAAAGUCGAUAAUGGCAGACGGAUCGCAGCCCUGAAGUUGAUUUGUGCCUUGGCGCAAACAUUUUAUACAUCAGGACACGAUCUUCAAUCUUUUUCGUCGUCAAGCGCCGAAUGGAGGUUUACGGAUUGCAUACUCGUCAUGUUCGCUACCCCCGUCAUACCUUUCGAUACCUCAAAACCUGAUCGCGAUGUCACCCAGAUGCAUGGUCCAGCAGCAUUCCUCGUUAUGUUCCAUCUUCGCUGGUUCUUAAUGACCGAGGCCCAUCGAUCCCUGCGGGGGCUGGCAGAAGGACCGGUCAAUCUUGAUCUCAUGAAGUUCAACCCGUUGUACUUUCCAGAUGACCACAAACUGAGUCAGCACCGGCGGUGGGACUUGUUGACUAGUGACGUUCGACUUCUCAAACAUCCGAGGGCAUCAUUGUUGUUACUGAACACUCGCACGUGGGACCCCGUACAGGAUGUCGGCUUGUCUCAUUUCCUUGAAGGAGAAGAGGAUGCUGAAUCUUGUCUGCUUCCCCUCCACGAUGGAGAAUGCUGUCGUAGCCGGGAUGGUCGUUUAGAACACGUAGCGGCGUGCAUGAUCCUGACGAUGCUCGCAUAUCUCCUGCGCGUACCGGACGAGGAUCGGGAUAAGCUGAUGCAAGAGCACCUCCGCGACUAUAGCAAACUCUGGGAUCAUGGGCUUUCCUUCACAAGAUGGGAUCAUACGUUCGAGAUGAGCGCGCAAGAUCGUCGAUAUGAGCCGUCCAAGGCAUUCCUCUCUGUCUUGCGCGAAGCUGGGCUUGAGGAAUGGCUACGGCCGGGCCGCGGUACCGCGUUCUUGCCUCCAACCAAUACGCCGCUCGGCCAGUUCCUCAUCACUCCAGUGGAAGGAGCGCGCCAAUCGUGGGAAACGCCGGCAACUACAAUCGCCGAUAUGCUUCGCGUCCUGAUGGAGCAUGUAGAUAUGAGUGCGGUCCACUCUGGUCUACCUGAGAGCUUCCAAUGGCUUCUCUCGGAUGCUUCAGUGCCGGACGACCUUGCAAAUGAGGGUGGAGAUCAACUGCACCCUACCAACAAACACGACGAGAUAACGGUACCUUGUGACGCGCAAGGAGACCCUCAAGCGACACUCUGCGGUCCAGUACACCCGCUACGGCACAGAGGCAGUGGGUUAUGUCUAGAAGAAGUGGUCGUUCACUCGGCUUCGGGUGUUGCGAUGGAGUGA